AUGGCAUCCGAAUCUGAUAUCCACCUUUACACCACGCAAACCCCCAAUGGAAUCAAAAUCUCCAUCACCCUGGAAGAACUUGGUCUCCCGUACAAGGUGACCAAAAUUUCUUUCCAAGAGAACACACAAAAAGAACCCUGGUUCUUGGAGAUCAAUCCCAACGGCCGCAUCCCGGCUCUGACGGAUAAGUUCACCGAUGGCAAGCCGAUUCGUGUUUUCGAGAGCGGGAGCAUCAUGCAGUACCUCGUCGAUCGGUACGAUGGCGAGCACCGGAUUAGUUAUCCGAAAGGAUCGAGGGAGGAUGUCGAGGUGACGAGCUGGGUGUUCUUCUUGAAUGCUGGUGUUGGUCCCAUGCAAGGACAAGCCAACCAUUUUGGACGCUACUGCCCUGAGAAGAUUGAGUACGGCAUCAAUCGCUAUCGUAACGAGACGAGAAGGCUCUAUGGAGUUUUGGACAAGCAUCUAUCUGAUGCGGGAACGGAGUACCUUGUCGGGAAUAAAUGCACGAUCGCGGACAUCGCGCAUUGGGGCUGGAUCUCUGCAGCUGGCUGGGCGGGCGUUGAGAUUGAGGAAUUCCCCACUCUGAAGAAAUGGGAGGACCGCAUGUGGGCUCGUCCGGCGACGAAGAAGGGAGCAAAUGUGCCGGAGCCGUACAGGAUGAAGGAGCUCUUGGCAGACAAGGCCGCGAUGGAGAAGCAUGCGGCGCAGGGUCAAGCGUGGGUGCAGGGUGGCAUGAAGGACGAUGCCGAGAAGCUCAAGGCCAGAUCUGCGCAGAAAUAG